UUUGAGCCGUUAACGUUCAUACCAAAGUGAUAAGCAUUUUGUAUGUGUAAUAAAACUGUUUGUUGUAAAUUUCUUCAUUCCUUAAAAAUAAUAAAACAUUUGUAAUAUUACUUUAUAAACGAAUUUUUCAAAAAAUAAUACAAAAAUGGUUAUUAAUAAGAAGUUUAUAAUUGCAAAACAUUUCAAAGGUGAACCUAAAGUUUCUGACUUGAAAUUAGUUGAAGAGGAAUUGCCCGCAAUUCAGGAUGGAGAAAUUCUCCUCGAAGCAGAAUAUUUAUCAGUUGAUCCUUAUAUGAGAGCCUAUUCACCAAAUCUUAAAAUUGGCAGUAUCAUGUUAGGUGGUCAAAUGGCAAAAAUAAUUGAAUCAAAAGAUCCCAAAUUUCCUGUUGGUAAACGAGUUAGGGGAUAUUUUGGUUGGCGAACUCAUACAAUUAUUAAUCCAUCGAAAUUUAAGCCUUCUGAAUUUUUAAAUGAAGAACCAAAAGUUUUCCCCGAUUUUGGAGAUUUAUCUCCUUCACUUGGUCUCGGAGUACUUGGGAUGCCAGGUGACACGGCAUAUUUUGGGUUUUUGGAAAUUUGCAAACCAAAAGCUGGUGAAACAUUAGUUGUUAGUGGAGCUGCCGGUGCUGUUGGUUCUCAUGUGGGACAAAUUGGAAAAAUUAAAGGCCUCAAAGUUAUUGGAAUCGCUGGAUCCGAUGAAAAAUGUAAAUGGCUCGUUAAUGAACUUGGCUUUGAUAAUGCAAUUAAUUAUAAAACUCAGGAUAUUUCUGUUGCUUUAAAAAAAGCCGCACCCAAUGGUGUUGAUUGUUACUUUGACAAUGUUGGUGGUGAUAUAUCAUCGGCUGUAAUUUAUCAAAUGAAUAAUUUUGGACGAAUUUCCGUUUGUGGAUCAAUUUCAACUUACAAUGAUGAUUUAAGUAGUCUUCCCAAGAGUCAUAGUAUUCAAUUGGGAAUGGUAAUGAGUCAAUUGAAAAUGGAGGGAUUUAUCGUUACACGUUGGCUUAAUCGUUUAAAUGAAAGUUUUGAGGAAAAUAUGAAAUGGAUACGUGAAGGAAAAUUGAAAUAUCAAGAAACUGUCACUGAAGGAUUUGACAAUAUGUUCAAAGCAUUUGCGGGAAUGAUGAAGGGUGAAAAUACUGGCAAAGCUAUUGUUAAAGUGUAAUGUAAUUAAAUUAAGAAUCUUCUUUUUUUUAUAAUUCACAACCAAAGUCAUAAUAUUUUUAUAACUUUAUUUUUUAGAAAAAUAAAAAUCUAACCUCAAAAUGUCA